CCUCCCGCCCGCCCGCCCGCCAGGCCGCUCCCCUUCCCUGUCCGGGGAGGGGUCCGGCGGGGCAUGUGAGCGGCGGCGUCCGCCGGGGCUGUUAGAUGGAACGAGGCUCCAUCAUCACCCAGGCGCCGAGGGGGGCGGCCCCGGGGCUCAGCAAGCAAGGCCUGGUGCCCGCACCCUCUCCACACAAGCCGCGUGGUCGGAGCAUCUUCCAGAACCUUUUGUGCUGCUUCCGGGCCCAGCAUGGCAGGCGGCCCGGGGGCCCCAGCGGCGGCAGCCAGCUCCCCGCCUGCAAGGAGGAGGCCAGCGUCAUCGCCAAGUCUGACUUGCUCCAAUGCCUUCAGUACCAGUUUUACCAGGUCCCGGGGUCUAACCUGCUCCCGGAGGUGGCCCGACAGGACCAGGGCAGGAUCUGUGUGGUCAUCGAUCUGGACGAGACCCUCGUGCACAGCUCCUUCAAGCCGGUCAACAAUGCUGACUUCAUCGUCCCCGUUGAGAUCGAGGGCACCACUCACCAGGUGUAUGUGCUCAAGCGGCCCUACGUGGACGAGUUCCUGAGACGAAUGGGAGAACUGUUUGAGUGUGUGCUCUUCACUGCCAGUCUGGCCAAGUACGCGGACCCGGUGACGGACCUGCUGGAUCGCUGUGGCGUGUUCCGUUCUCGGCUGUUCCGCGAGGCCUGCGUGUUCCACCAGGGCUGCUACGUCAAGGACCUCAGCCGCCUGGGGCGGGACCUGCACAAAACCCUCAUUCUCGACAACUCUCCGGCCUCCUACACCUUCCACCCGGCCAACGCGGUGCCCGUGCAGUCCUGGUUCGACGACAUGAGCGACACGGAGCUGCUGAACCUGAUCCCGGUUUUUGAGGAGCUGAGCGCUGCCGACGACGUGUACCACGGUCUGGGCCAGCUGCGUGCCCCGUAGCCAAGCCUGCCUCGCACCCACCAGUGCCUGCCCGUCUGCCUCACCGGCCCCUUUGCCCCUUCGGUUCACCCGGGCGGCCCUGGGGCAGAGGGUGAUCCUCACCUCACCUCUCCCCUGUCCCCCCAGGAGGGGAUCAAGAUGGUCGGUCCCCAGCCUCCUGCCCAGGCCCUUCCGGUCCUUGUAUCAGCAGCAGCAGGACCCUGGCCCAUAGGCACCGAGCGACAAUCCCAGGCUCGUCGAUGCCGGAGGGGGCCGGCUGGGCACAAGGUCCCGCUGCCCGUGGGCACAAGGUCCGUACUCUAUGGCGGUUCCAUACUGAGUGGCAGGAUGGGACCAGCUGGGCAGUCUCACCAGCUCCUGCUGCCCGCGGGCUCGGGGUCCACGCUGUGUGGUAGGGUGGGGUCGGCCGGACACCCUCCCCAGUCUCUCACUGGCUCCUGCUGCCCGCAGGCACGGGAUCCACACUGUGUGGCGGCCCCAGGCGCAAACCCAGCCACACACUUCCUCCCCAACUUUCCCCCCAUCCCGGCUCCUUCCUUUUUACCCUUCUCUGCUCCUUUACUACUUCUCCCGGCCCGGAGUCUCCUUUUGGCUGCCGGUCGGCAGGUGCCCUCCUGGCUCCGUCACCAGGCUGACAAGGCGGUGGCGGGGGGGGUGGAGGAAGGGGAAGAGCCUUCCUCACCCCCUCCCCCAGAGCCGCCUCAUUCGUCUCAGAGGCCUGAGCUGCCGGAAGGGACUGUGCCCAGGGACCCGGUGGCCUUGGGAGGGCACCCGCCCCUGCAACUGAGCCGGACUUGGGGUCUGUGUCCCCCUUAUAGGGGUGGGGGUGGGAGCCCCAGCUCUGCAUAUUGUGGAGUGGUAGGGCUGCACCCCUCUCUUCCCUCCCCCCUAACAAUGGGGGGGCCCCACUAAACCCGCUCCACCCUGCACUGGAGGCUGCCUUUACAAGUGGACUAGAAGCAAGGGGUUGGUGAUGUCAGCAACCUCUAGCUUCUCUCCAGGGAGGGGGCCGCCCGGGGCCUGGGCCCCUGCCCUGCCCCACCCCACCCCGGUAAUCUGUGCAUUCAGGGUCCAAGCGCCGCUAGUGCCGACACUUUCUAUUUUUGGAAUCUUUAUAUGACUCGGAAUAAAGUUUUACACACGGGA